AUGUCUCUGCCAUCGUCAACUUUGGAUUUUGUUAAACAGAUGGAUAGUGAUUUUGAAAAGGAUUAUAAGGAUGGAAAUAUUGAUAAAUUAGUUAAAACUUAUACUGAAGACGCUAAAAUCAUUGGAUACGAUAAUCAACAAUGGAUCGGACGCGAACAGAUCAGACAGUAUCUUCAGGGUGACACGAAAGGAAAUGUUCAAACUAUCAGUGUACAGAAUCAAACUAUUCAUCGGAUCAACGAUGAACUAUUUCUUGAACUCUGUCAUUAUCAACUGGAUACUGAUAGUACACCGAAAAAUGGUUAUACGAUUUGGAAGAAAAGUUCAUCUACUAGUGGUGGUGGUCCAGAAUGGCUACGUCACAUUGAUGUAAUAGCUUAG